AUUGGACUGCUGGAGUUGAUGUGUUGGUGUUUAAUUCGUUUCGGUAAUAUAUGUGGAAAUUCAAUUACGUUGCUAAUGUAAAUUGUUGAGAAUCAUGUUGGAAUUCUCGUGGGAUAAAAUAGAGAAGUUAAAUGAAGCUGACAUAGAUAUAGACAAUGCAAACUAUUACUGCCAAUUGUUUUUAGAUGCUAAUGUUGAGGACUGGGAUGAUAAUGAUCGACUUAAGCAUGUUUUUCAAAUUACUCAGACGUUGCUUAACCUAAAAUGGGAACAAUGGAAGUUGUCAGAGACAAGCUUGUCGGACAAAAUCUCAGAAAUAAAUAAUCUGAAAGAUCAAAUAAGGGAACUAGAACAAGAAAACAAAGAUUUGCAAAAAGCAAUUUCUGCUUCUGGUCUUGAUAGAGGAAGCAUUGGUGAGACGAGGAGACUUGAGUUUAAAGUCGUAAAACUGCAAUCUGAACUAGAAUCCUUAAGGAUAGCCAAAGAUGCCUCUUUUAAAGAAAAAGAAGAACUUUUGAAUGAAAAAGGUGAUCUGGAAAGAAAAGUGGAACUGGUUUCAAAAGAAAAUAAGGAACUUCAGGAGCGUUGUGAGUACUUGCACCUGCAACUUCAGGAUCGACCCAGCUUUUUCGGUAAAAGUAAUGAUGAGGCUAAUUACAGAAAAGAAAUUUCCUCCUUACGUGCAAAAAUAAGGGUACAGAAAGCUGAAAUAGAUGGAUUAGAAGAUGAAAAACAGAAUUUAUGGAGUGAUGUCAAUCGUUUGGAGAGCAACCUCCGGCAAGCCAGCAUGGAAAUCGAUCGCGCCACCGAUGACUAUGUGAAAAUGAAAGAAGCCUUAACAGAAGCUGAUAAAAGUCACGCAGAAAAGUCGGCUGAAUGCAGUAUGUUGCGCGCUCAGUUAGCCAAUCUUUCCGAAAAGAUUGGUCAUCCUGAUGAAACAAAUAACCUUAUCAUGAGUGCUGUUGAACAGAAGAUUGAGGAAUGGAAAGAGAUACUGGCAGACAAAGACAUGGAAAUAGUUAAGCUUAAUGAACGAAUAAUAGAGUUUUCUCAGGAAUUGCGAGAUCUUAAAGCUGACUCCGAUAAAACCAGUGUACAAGCCCUAAUGAAGUCCAUAAAAGAUCGUGAUGUUCAGAUACACUCCCUAAAAAAACAACUUACGGAUGCUACAAAUGAAGUUGAGAAAAGCACAACUCUUUUAAACGAACUCGCAAAGCAAGCAAAUGAGAAUGAAUUUGAUCCUAGUAGUCGCAAAGCUGAACGUAUUGUUGUACUUAGAAAACAACUUCAAGAAAAAGAAAACCUUAACACCGAACUGGAGAAAAGGUUGGAGCUUGCUGAAGAAGCUGCUCAGUCUCAAGCCAACGAGGUAACUAUUUUAGAAAAGCAACUAAAACGUUAUGAAGAAGGAGAGUAUGGUUUAUCAGAAGCUAUUGCUGAAUUAAAAGCUACUAGAUUACAAUUAAACUCAAAAGAAAGACAAUUGGAAGAGGUUUGUCGUCUAGCAAGUCAAGCUGAAUCAUCUCUUAAUGAAAUAAAUUUAGAAAAUGAACAUUUAAGAAGUAAGCUUGGAAUACCAUUGAUUGAAAAAAUUGAUCUGAAUGGCUACCGUCGUCAAAAACGAGCAGAAGUUGAAGAAGAUCGUGCAGUAAAUAUAAUACUACAAAAAGAAAUCGAAAAACUAGAAGACGAAAGGUUGGAGCUGAAACGUAAACUACGUACACUUGCACGUCAGUUAGGCCAACAAUAUGGUUCAUCAGAUUUGCACGUGGAUGGAGUACUCUUAGGUAAUUUAAACCAAGUUAGUGAGGAAGUUAUGUCAACUCAGUCAAUUCUAGUGGUUUCUGCCUCUCGAUCUAGUCAGAAAACCAAAAGUUCCCCAACACAAGACGAUCUAGCUGACCUUCCAGAAGUAUGGAAAGCAAGGUUCAAAGUACUUGAUGAGGAAUUAGUUCAAGCACUGAAGCAAAUAGAAGAAGAACAUAAAAAGCAUGAUAAACUAGAAACACGUUUGAAGCAAAUUACUGAAGCAAAUGUUCUGCUAGAAAGUGGUCUGAAGGAAGUUCAAAACCAGAUACACUCUUUCCAUAUUGAGUCAAAGAAUCAACGUGAUCUAAGUGAAGAAAAGAAACAAUCAAAAUCUAACAGUAUAACCAAAACAGAAAAAAGAGAAGUGGCCAAUAACAAGUUAAAAGUGAAGAACGAAAUCAUUCAACUAGACUGUCCAUCUUUAGACAAGUUACUAGCUGCAUUAGACGCAAGAAACAUGGUUGAAGAUAUUGACUCUGGACAAUUUCUAAAGUCCAGAGUAGAUCAACUUGAAGGGGCAAAUCAGGAGCUCCGAUCAAAUCUUCGUGAUAUACGCAUGAGUAGUGCUUUAUAUGAGGUAAAACUGAACGAGGCACAUAAUCGAAUUAAACAAUUGGAGUCGCAGCUUGAAUCAGUUGAUCUCUUAAAUAAUAAUACACCAAGCCAAACAUUUAUUGAGGGUCAGUCACCUCUUCCAAAAGAUAUUAACCCUGAUACAGCUAAAGUUAUUUUAUCACUAGAAGAACACUUACUGACAAUGAUGAAAGAUAUUAGUGAUAAAAAUACACAACUUGCCUAUAUUGACAAUCAAAUGGAAGCUGCAAGGAGAAAAUAUUCUGUUUGUAAACACCAUCAAGGUUUAUUGUAUCGGGACUUUUAUAAUGAACGCCAAACUUGGAAGAAAGAAAAAGAAAAACUUGAACAACGUUUGGAAUGUUCAGAAAUGAGAGUUAACGAACUGGAAGUCCAUAAGAGUGAACUACAUCAUUUGCAAGAUAUUUUAUCGAGUUUAGGUGAUUCAUCAGGUGAUAAAGAACAGAGUGAAAGUUCUCCCAUAAAGCAAAAGAUUGCUGACCAGUCACGACAGAUAUUAUUACUUCGUGUGAAUGAAGUUGGCUUACGGCGGCGAUAUUUGGCAACACGAGAACGCGAAGUUGCUUUAUCGAAGGAGAAUACUAAUUUAAAAAGUGAUAUAUUCCAACUGGAAUCAGCUGUGAUUGCUCGUUUAAAUUAUUAUGCGAGGUGUAAAGAAACUGCAGCAUUCCAAAUGCAAAAAUUACAAAAAACAUUAGAUCGAUGUGUUCCAGAAGAUGAACUGAAUAAUUUAAGAAAUGAAUAUGAAACAUUAGCUAUUAAAUAUAAAGAAUUAUUAGAAAAUGGUUCCAAUAGUGUGAAUUAUCAAUUAGCCUUAAAAUCUACUCAAGCAAAUUUGGAUACCUUGAAAAAACAACAUGAUGAAUUAAAGGAACAACUGACCAUAGAAAAAGAAAGGAGAUAUUUGCUGGAAAAUUCCAUUAAUCAGUUGAAGUCAAAUGUGACAGUGAAAUCUGAUCAAGUUGAGAAUGAUGUAACCGAUACAAAUAUUGCUAAACGUUUAGCUUUAAUAGAAAUGAAAGAGCUAAAUGAACGUGAACGUGCAAAUCAUACACAGAUUAUUUUGAAUACAGUACAAGAUGCUAAUCAUCAGUUAGAGUUAAGAAAUAGAGAACUUGAAAACAAAUUUACCGAAAUUACUAAGUCAUUAAUUGAAUUGCAACAAACUGAAAAAAUAUUACGACAAGAACUUACAAAAGCGGUUCCAAUAUCAGAGCAUCAAGAAAUUGAAACAAAAAACACAGAAUUAGAACAGACUAAUUUGAAACUUCGUCAUGAAGUUGAACAACUUAAGGAAGUAGCUUUAAUUUCAAUGAAUCAGCAUCAAAAUUUGGAAGAUCAACUAAACAGUCAGUCGACUGAAAUACAAAAUUUACGUGAACAAAUGACUGAACUGGAAUCUAAAGAUGAUUCAAAAGCUAAUCUGGCUCAACUCCAUCGUCUUGUGACACGUAUCCAGAUCUCUGAGUCGACUGCCCUGCGUCGUUUAGCAUCAACUCAAGUGAAAGUAAAUCGUUUGGAAAAUGAUUUGCUCAAAGCCGAGAAAAGACUAAUUCAAAAAGAAAAGGAAUUGACAAACGUGUACGACAAAUCACAUCGACGUGAAAAACGAUUACGUGAAACAAUUACGUCACUUCGUCAAAGAUAUGCAGGUUCCAUUCCACUCAUCCAACAAGAAAAAUUAUCCCUCCGUUUAACCGAAACACUUCGUAAAUGUAUAUCCAUCCAGUUGGCUCUUGAUGAAGCUUUGAAUGAUAAAAUCAAAAAAGAAUCUAUCAUUGAAGGUUACGAAGAAAGAAAAAAGUUGACAUCUGAUAUUCAGGAUAUCUUAAAACAGUAUAAUGAAGAACAUAAAAAUCAUGACAUUAAUAAAAACUUGGAAAAAAAAUUAUUAGAUUGGCAAGAACGAUUAAGUGAAUUACGAGUCUCAGAAUCAACACAACGUCGUCAGGUUGAACGGUUAAAGGAAAAAGUACGCCAUUUAGAAUCAAUUGUACAAAAUCAAGAAAAACAGUUAAAUGAACUGGAAUUAGAAAAUUCACGUUUAGUUAAAGAAUUAGAUCAACGUGAAAUCCAGUGGGAACAACGUGAAGCUGAAUUAGAAUGUGCCAUAGAAAAAAACACUAUAUCUAAUUAUAUUAACACAGAAAAUAUGGAUGAAUUUAAAUCCAUACCUAAUUUACUUGCAGAUGAAGAUAUUGAGACUGUUUGUAACCAAGUCGACCACAAAGAUAACUUCAAUGAAAUUUCCAAAUCUAUACCAUUAAAUAGUGAACAACCAUUGUCUACGUGUGUGGAAGAAUCAGUUCAAGACUAUAAUCAUCAAACAAUGAAUAAACUGAAAAAUGAAAAUACCACACUUAGAAAACGGCUCACUCAACUGUUACAACUUUUGCAUCUGCAAGAUAUCAAAUUACAAAAUGCUAUCAAUCAUUGUUCUACUACACAAAAUCCAGAUAUUCAAUCUACAUUAGCUGGUUUACGAGCUAAUAUGGAAUUGUUGCAACGUAGAUUAAAUGGAAAGGAUGAAAGUCUUGCAAGAGUUAAUGAGCUACUUAAACAAGCGUAUGAAGCUAACGAAAAAUCGAAUGAUAGACAUAAUCAAGAAAUUGCUAUUUUACAAAAUAAACUACAAAACAAAAUGGAGGAACAGUUAUUACAAUUAGCUCAAAAUGUUGAGUCUGUUGGCAGGAAUGAAAUAUCGAAUGUACACUUAAUGGAAUUAAAGAAACGUUUAUAUGAAUUAGAAGAAUCGUUAAAUGAACAAAAUCAAGCUGUAUUUCGUCAGGCUGAACAAACAAAAGUCAUACGACAAGAAUGUGAUUUAUGGCAAUUGAAAUAUAAUCAACUCCAAACAAAAACUGAAACUAUGAAGGCGAAUAUGGAGAAUUUGCAUAGGUAACAAUUUUUCACAUAUAUAUUGUAAUAUCAUACAAGUUUUAUAAACUGUACUCAAUAGCUGUUGUCGAUUGAAUAAUAGUUUAAUCGAUGCUGGAUCAUGUAAAAUUGAACACUGAAGAAUUUUUGAAAUUACCUUGUCAAUAAUUAAUCAGUAUAAUAAAAAUUGACAGGAAGGAAUAUUAUAUAAUAAAGUAGUUAAUAAAUCACCGUGUUCUAUAGGAAUGACGUGAAAAGAAACGUCUGAAAUGAGGAUAGUUCUUUUUCAAUCAAAUGGUAUGUCUGAUUCAAGAAAAGUACUGGUGGAUGUUAAUAAUCUAUUUGUAGUUUGUUUAAGAUACUCCUCAACCCCUGACGCUAUAAAACUAAUACUUUUAAAUAAUCUGAUAAUAAGUAGUUCUGUCUAACUGUUUGUAGUAAUUUCAGUAACAGAUUUUCUCAACAAUUUAUCAAUUUUCAUUGUAAAAAGUGAUUUUUUGUCACCGAGAAAGAGAAUUUUCUACACUAAAUUGUCUUCAUUUUGUUUGAUGACUACCAUUUUUUUCAAAAAAAUUAUUAUUUGACAACUCAGUACUUUUUCCUCUUCAUUUUAGAGAAGAAACAAUGAAACUAACAUCACAAAUCGAACAGUUACAAAAAGAAUUAGAUAAAAGUAAUGUAAAAUUAAAUGAAUACAAUAAUGAAGUUAAACGCUGGAAAGCUGAAGCAAAUAAAUCACCAUCAGUGAUGCAACGCCAACUAGCUGAACGGUUACGUACAGAUCUACUAGAAAAAGAUAAACAAAUCCGAGCUUUGUCCAAGGCACUAGGAGAACUACGUCAUGAUCUUGUGGCACAAGCGGAGCAAGCUGUUUUAGCUACCAAUUUGAUGCAGCCCAUCCAAUGUGCACCACCAUUCCAGGAAGUGAAUGAAGGCAAAACAAUUGAUGAAACCGUCGUUUCACCAGUUAGCGCAAAUCCUAUAGAGUCUGCCAUCCUGCCUCAAUCUGCGAAAACGAAUCAUGAAAUGAAAAUCUCAAAAGACAAGGAGAAAAUCCUUAAACUCGAAGACUUAAACAAAAAAUUGGAAUUAGAGUGCAAAAAUUUGAACAAUCAAAUGGAACGUAUCAAGUGUACUAGAACGUUGAACACGCCACAACAAAAAAUUGAUGAACUUAUAAGAAAAAAUCGAAUGCUUGAAGAAGAAAACAACAGGCUUCGAAUGAUACCUGAAAAACCAUAUCAAGAUAACAGGGACAUAAAAAUAUCACUUGAUAUGCGUUCAAGCUUAACAAAUGAAUGGGAAGCACGUAAACGUUUGGAAGCUGAGAUAAAUAAAUUAAAAGAACAACUAAGUAAAAAAAGUUCAGAAUUCACUUCUAUUCAAAAACAGUUGGAUCUAACAAGGAAUGCCCUUGAACGAACGAACAGACAAAAUGAAUAUUUAAGAGAGAAAGUCAAUGAAGUAUGGGGUCCAGGUGCCAUACCUGAUGAGUCAAAUGAUCUUACAAUAGAGCAAAAUAAAAAGGAAAUUCGUAAUCGGUCGUUGAAUUCAUGUAUUUCUGAACGCGUUGACCUACAUCAACAAGUAGAGGAAUUACAAUCUGAAGUUGAAAGACUUCGAAGAGCCCAAAGAAUGUCAGCAGGUUUGCCACCUGGAACAAUGUCAAUGAAUACAGAUACCAUGUUGAUAAAAAGUGCAGAUAUGCGUAACAAAAUUUUAACUGAACGUAUAGACGAUCUGGAGAAACAGUUAUUAGACAAAGGUUUUGUUAGCCCAUCGAAACUUCAGUUAGAGCAAGCAAUUCGGCGUGAUCUAUUACGACUUAAUAAUGAAAAUAUCGAACUAAAAUUUGAAUUAGAAGCAUUAAGAUCAGAUACAACACGUUACAAAACUCGAGUUCAUGAUUUACAAGUUUAUGUUGAUUUGUUAAAACAAGAAAAAGAAGCAUUGCGUUCUGGACAAAAUUUGGACAAGUCAUUUAAUUCCGAUAGUAGUACAAUGAGUUCUAUAAAAAGAAUUGGUGAAAGUGGAAAAUCCCCAAAGGAAUUAGAAAAAAUCAUAGUUUGUUUAAAAAAGGUAUUAAAACGUUGUCAAGCUGAAAAUGAACGUUUGAAGUGUGCGCCUGGACCAGUAUCACAUAAUGAAUUGAAACAAUAUAAAACAGAGAUAAAACGCUUGAAAAAUGAACUUGAAACAGCACAAUUAACCGUAGGAUCAAAACUAUUCAAUCGUCGAUUAGCGAAUGAACAAGGAACAGCUAAAUUAAUGCAUCAAUAUGACAGUUUAAGAAAAGAUUAUGAAGAAGUUUUAUCGAAAAAUCAAGAGAUGGCAGGUCAAAUAGAAUAUUUACGUCAAGAAGUAGACAAAUUACAGAAACCACCUGAACAAUCAAACAAUAAUAAACAACCCAGUUAAACUAAAUCAUGGCGACUACUUGAAACACCAUAAAGAACUUGCAAUGACUCAUUGUUGUUUGUUUACAAAAAAUAUUAUUGUUAUGAGGUCUUACGCUAAAUAAGACAAAUUCUUUUGUUCUCGUUAAAAAAAUUUGAAAAAAUGGGUUUCCGAAGUUGAUCUCACAGUAACUUAGCAAGCAAAUGUAUAUUCUGUUUUUGAGUCAAUUAUAUUACACCAUAGGAGCAACUCGAUUGCGGGAACCAAAAGAGACAAAAUCGUGAUUGUGUUAUUUGUUCAAGCAUUUGUCAUUUCGAAUGGUCGGCAAACGUUCACAGACAGUCAUGAAAGAUAUAUCAAACAACGUGACAUGUAGCACUUGACCCAAGUACAGUGUGACUAAACAUAAUUUUCUAAACUAAAACACAUCACGCUGUACGGUUCACACUGUUGGAUGUUUAAUGAAACUAUCAUUAAGUAAAAAUCUGAGAUCUCGUUAAGUAAUCUACUCUGCAGAAGCCACAUCCUGACAUGCCAAAACCAAUGGUGCAUUGAAAUUAUGAGAUUGAUAAUCUAUAGUCAAGAGUGAAGUAUGGAGACGAACUUUAAGGUCUCAUACUUCGUCUUUGAUCAAUCGGGAGGUAAUGAAAAUAACUAGUUUUCAAUAAAAGAAACAAUCAAAGGACAAAUCAAUAAAAAUGUAUGACGUUGCUUAGAACAUACUGUUUUGAAAUGAAAGAUAAGUUUUCACUUUCCCCUUUUAUGACAGCUUAUUCUAUCGACCUCUAUCACGUUUGAUUACUGUUCAACCUGUCAUUAUCUGCCUCUUCAUUUUGAUUGUAUCUCCCUUCGAUCUGAUUAUUGUUCCCAUAUCUGUCCAUCAUUAUUCUGAUUGAUAGACUGGAUCGAUAUGUUUGUUGAUUGCUAGUUGACCUGAGUGUCAAGCUUCUAAAAAUCCCCUGACGUUCUUAGUAUUCCCUCUAUACAAGAUUUCAGCAUUUUCCAGUUGAAUACGUAUCCACAUGCAUGAUGUUAGCUAGGAUAUGUAGUGGCAUCUGACCGCUAAUUUAUGUUCAUGAAGACGAAAAUGAAGAAAUCCAGAUUGUUAGAUGUACUGUUUUUCGCAAUUGGAACAGUUUAUUUUGCAGAUGUUUGAUAUCUCUUCUUUUGUCCCGAUCGCGUCUCCUACAUUGAAGUGAUGGUCGGGCUUACCUAUCGUGAUGACCCAGCCGAGCUAUAUUGGCUGGAAUAUAUGUUUCUGUAGGUCCUACCAUGCCAGGCAGAUAGAUUGGAAAACGGUAAGAGUAAAAGCAGAAACUUGAGGUCUGAGGGCGAAGUCGUACUGCUGACGGUAGAGGGCUGUAACAGCAGUAAAGUGUUUCCCUCGGCCAACCAGCAUCUGCAGAGAUGCUGCCUUCUCAUAAGGUAGGAAGGGGUUAUAAAAGGUCGACCCUAAAAAUGUCACACCUCACCUUACUUCAUGGAUUUCCGUCUCCGGAGAUAAGGCCUUUUGAAGAACGGAGCUAACACGUUAAAAACUUCCCACAAAGAGGCCACGCGUGGUCGGCCUCAAGCAGUUGUCCCUUGGGCUCUGCAGUCACGCUUCCAGGUCGUUAAGGCCAACAUUAAUCCAUCUUCCUUUUCAGGUUCCUCAAGAAAUACCCUUCCACAGUGUGGGCAGCCGGGAAGUGACAUCAGCACUCAUACCCGUAACAGCACACGAGACUAAGUUGGUCACAAUCAGGUCCUUCCUACACCUCAUAGUAACUCUCUUAUCUCUGCGACUAACCCUUCUCUCGUUCCUUUAUCACCUCGCGCCGCUAAUAUAAACGAUUCAAGUGUUGGGAUAUUCGGAAAAAUAUACCAAUAAUCAUCAUGUUAAGUCUAAUGGUGUCCUUGGACUUUAAAUGGGCAUUCCCUAUUCGUCAGUAUUUAUUUCACUUGUUAAAUAUUGUUUUCUAUUUUACGUUACGAUGUGGUCUGUUUGGUUGGUAUAUAAACAGAGUAUGUUUGAAAUACAACGAUUCAUAUCUCGGAGGCUGAGACUUGUGUUCUGGACUCAACUGGCUGGGCUAGACAGAGAAGCAGGGCCAAUCGGGACUCCAGGUCGUUCGUACGUGUUUUUCGUAUCAUUGAUCCGGUAGAUAAUUUGCUUCGCUCCAAAAUCUGCAGUCUACACACGUUACAGCAUUAAGUACGCGGAACGUUAUUCCCAGUCUCUCUAAAAUACAUAUAGGAGCUUUUGACGUCCGAACACUGUGCCAAAUAGGACAACGGGCUUCCUUAGAUGGGACUUUAGAAUCUCGCACCAUCGAUGCGUGCUGAGACUCCGAAAGGCGCAUACAGGAUCCGGGUAGCGUAAUUCAUUUGACCUCACCAUAUAAAAAUAAGGAACCAUCUCGAUACACGCUCCGUGCAUCUGGAAGCCCUGAUGCUGCUUCUCGUGGCCUGGCUGGUGUAGGUAUAACAUUGUGUUCUAGAGCAGAACUAGCUCUCCUAGACUGGGUCCUAGUGGAAAGUCGCUUGUGCACUGUCCGACUAAACGGAACAGUAAGGACUCGGAAAGAUAGGGACACACGUCUUUGCCUCUUCGUCGUCCCUGCCUACUCUCCCACCAACUGCAGCUGAGUUUUACAGAAAGCUUUCCGACCUUCUCCAAAACGUUAGGCGUUCUGACGUAGUAGAAUUGACUGGUAACUUUAAUGCUCAAGUAGGUAAACUAAGCGAUAGGGAAAGACACCUGGGUGGAUCUUAUGGUGUCGUGGCUCAAAGACCAGAUAAUGAAGACCGUGUGUUGCAACUAUGCUCGGAUAACCGCCUGUUCCUUGCAAAUACUAAUUUUAAGCAUAAGGAAAAACAUCUUUUGACAUGGCGACCUCCAAAUUCGUCCCAGCGUUGAAACCAAAUAGAUCAGAUCGCUAUCAGCCACCGAUGGAGGGACUCGAUACAAGACAGUGAUUCGUUCUGGAGCGCAUGCUUAGAUUCAGAUCAUGCUCUAGUGCGAGAGCGUAUUUUUCUGCGUCCUACUGGACGUAGGAAAGACAAGUGGAGGUGUAGACUAUCUGGUUGAAACCCGCAAGAUGAUAGCAACCGAUGGUUAGACCUUGAAUAACAUGGCUCAAAAUCGUUUGCAAUGGCGCAAGCGCAUCUACUCUUUGUGUUCUCCCAAAUUCUAAUCUUCUGGAUUCUUCAUGUCCCUUAUUUUUUCUCUUUUCAAAUUUAUUUCACUGGAUUAUACUCCUUAAAUAACAUCUUCAAACCCUAAUCUUCCCGAUUACUGCCUAUACUUUUAAUAGCUCUAUCACUAUGGGCUUUGAAUAGACAAUUGGAUCUCUCUCCUAAUGUGGUAUGGCAACAUGAACUAAUUUACGUACGUACGAAGUUCUACACUGUUCUCGACUCCUCUUUUGUCAUUUCGUCUUUCGGUUUGCAUAAGAUUGCUGGUUUUUGUGCUAUACCUAUUCCACUUCACUUUUACAUGGUUUUGCUGAUGUUGUUCGUAAGAUCAAUAAAGGCUCCACGGCAAAAUCAAAGCAAAGUGCUGGUGAAAAACUCUAUGUUGCUGGUCUUAAUGAGUUUCUCGUCCUCUACUAUUCUAUCUGAAUCAUACUGUCGCACUAAUCGUGAUUGUUAGGCAUUCUUAUAUUCUCCGUAUCGUAAGAGGUUAACAUACAUAUAUUUUAAAAGUUUCUUAAAGGCGUGACAACCAAAAUAUGUAAACUAUAACCAAUUAUUUUGAAUUUAACAGAAUAUUCAGGGUUAAUGGCUUAUGGAAUUAUAGGAGAACCCCAAGAAAAUUGGAUCAAACAACCUUAUUGACGCAAAUUUAAAGCAAUCUAGAUCUUGAAAAGAAGUUCUGAUCAGCAGAUAUAACACAUUUUAUUGAUGUACGUCGAACACACUUAAAAAACUGAAACGAUAGAAAUAUAAAUCGCAGUUAGAAUUAACAACCUGAAUUGAUGAAGAGAAUAUUAAAAAACCAAUGCAUCCCAACCAAAUAUAGAUCCAAGCAUUUUUGUGCUUCUAUUAGUAACACACACCGAAAACAAACUGAAACAGUUAAAGAGGAAUAAAUGGAGUCCCUAAGCUCUCAUACAACUAAUUAGGUGGACGCAAAGAGAUACAACGAUUAAUAAGACCAAGCACCUCAAAGUUAAGAAAAUAAACAGAACCAACAGAAGAUAACUAACAGUGAAAGGAAGAUCUCGAGUGAUGGGUAAAUUUAUGUUAACUAUUCAAAUAAAUAAAUACGUUAUCGCCACCAAUUUCAAGAUAUAUUAAGUUGAUUGCACUAACCUUAACCACUGUAUCGCCAACUUCAACCCACAAAAUUGCAGCUUCAGUUCACCAUUUUGUGGUGGUAGAAAUUAAACCCAUAUAUAUCUUGAUGUUUUCAUCGUAGCCAUUUAAACACAUUCACAGAUUAAGAUAUAUUAGAGGCCUAUCAUUAAAGAUACAACUACUUAGUAGAUACAGCGAUAACUCGUAUUAAUACCUACAUUGUUCAAAUGCAUAUAACAUCUCUGGGACACAUCAAUACAACUACUACGUUGAGAAUAGGGAGCACUAGUGAAAACCAACCAAACAAGCCAGUCUGAAUGAAUCUGAAACUUGAUCAAGCAACUUCGGUAGGUAGAUUGAAAGUUUCUAAAACAAAAGCACAGUAAUAGGUUUUGAUUGUUUUAUGACUCAUCAUCACUUUCUAUUCUGGACGGAAUAAGCUGUAUUGAAGGGGAACACAUAUCGAAGUAAAUAAGACAAGAUAUUAAUUUUCUAGUGUGUACGCGCACAUACGCUGGCACAGUGAUUAAUAAGAAAAUUCAUACUAACACAUAUAAAAAUAUGCCAACAAAAUAUCCAAGUAAAUAAACACUUCAAAAUGAAGGGAUGAAUGCAUAGCAAAAUGAAUUAUCAAUGCUACAGUUGUUUAUAUACCAUGAAACAAAAUAUGAAUCAAAACAAAUUGUAGAACGAAUCAAACUAGAACGUAAUAAACAAUAAAGGCAUUAAGAAUAAAUACAUAAAUAAAUAAAAUAACCCCAAAACUUAAAAUUAGUAGUAAUACAUCGUAAGAAAAUAAAACUCGAAGUAAAAGUAAGUAACUGGAAAUAAUAAUAAUACUAGUAAUAAUAAUUCAACUACAAACCACUUUCGUAUUAUAUAAUUAUGCAUUUGUACACCGGCACGCACGAGCGUGCACAUGUACAGCCUACACAUAGUGUACAUUUAGAUAAAACUCCGUUCAAUAAUGGCCACACCAGCGUAGCUUCGACCAGUUGUUAAAUGGCUUGGAAGUAUUGACCAUGUAUUUGCAGUAGGAUCAUAUUUUUCUAUACUGGUCAAAUUAUUCUCACCAUCUUCACCACCAAUAAUAUAUAAAAAACCAUCGUGUGCUAAUAGACCUUGGAAGGAAAAAAAUAUUUUGGGAAUUUUUUCAGGAUUACAGAAUAUCAUAUUAUUGACCGAUAAAUUUCCUAUGAAUUCUUUACAUUUUAAUUGACGUAUACCUGAAUUUACUUAAUUAGGAAUAGAAACAAGAAAACUGGACUAGUAAGUUGCCUAGAAUGAUGAUAUGUGAGGAAUUUCGACAUGAUUAUUGUUAAAAUUUAACCUUCACAGUAUAUCAUGGUUACUCGGAUGGUCCGAAAUUAAGAACAAACAAAAUAUCGGUAACAAAGUUACGCCUGUUUGGGAGCUAACGAUACUGUUCGGUUGUCGAAACACAAAAAUUAGAGACCGGGUUAGAAUAAGCGUUCCAAUUAUUGGAAGUCAGGCACCCUAAACUUUCCGAGUUGUUAAUAAUCCAGAUGAAGCUCCUAUAAUUCACUAAAUUGAUAUAAAAUCGGAAGAGCUUUAUAAAGAACACAUGUUCCAUUUACAUAUAUGGUUAGUAAUUUAUUGGGAACAUAAUGAAUAAUAUAUGCAGAUAGCAUUUGGUAUUCAGAGUAAAACCAAUUAAUACAUGUUCAUGAAACACAAGUAAACAAUGAAAUAUCCUAUCCUACUGAUAAUAAUUUUAAAUUUCAACAUCUCAUUGUAAACACAGCUAACAAAUAAAAUGAUGCAUAUUGUGACUAAAAUACCAUCUUUAAUUUUCUAAAUGGACAGAGUGGGAAGUAUUAUGAAACAGAUAUUUCGAAUAGUCACUCAAAAUCGAUCUUGAUUUUCUACACUUGAAAUUUCUAGUUUAUUGAAUACUGACAUACUAUUUGUUGUAUGUUCAAUUUCGAAUCCAUUUUUACACAUGUUACAUUACAUAAUAAAAUGUAAUUGCCCUGCAAUGCACUUUCUCUUACUAUUAUUUAAAAUAGCACUGAUAUAAUUAACUUGUCCAGUAGAUCGUUAAGUGUGAACCGGUUAGACCCAAAAUAUCACAAUCGACAUAUCUUUGAAUCCCAGGAAUAUUAUCACACUAGUGUGAGUAUUACUAUUGAUAGUGAUACUUAAUGAAGCUAAGUGGUCCAAAAUAAACAGCUCAGUUGUCAAUGAAAAUCCACAUUCUGAUCAUGAUCUAUUCUACACCAUGGUUUGAAAUAACGGAACUAUCUAACAUCUCAACAAACAAAUUCAAUCAGCCAGAAAGCAUGUAUACAUAGGGAUAAUUGGUAAUUUCUACGACCGAUACAGCAGUGUGAAAAAACAUACUCCAAAACUCCUUCUUACAUAAGUUCACCAGGAAAUAGACAUACUCCUUUUUUUACUCGUAAGGCAAACGAACCUCUAAAAGACUUUCAGUAUGUUCUAAAAUCCACCAUUUUCUCUUCUAAAAAUUCAUAGUCUGUUAGAUAAUAUAGAAACAUUUAAUUUCCUCGUAAGUAAACUUCAGAAUUCUUCUAGUCAUUGGCUAUUUGAAUAUACGCCGCAUUCUAUAGUAAUAAUAGAUAAGCUGUUGUUAAUUUAUUAAGUGGAAAAUAAAUUGUGAUUUUGCCAUGCUAUAUAACAAACAUUACUAAACUCAUUACAGUAACAUAUUUCCGAGAAACAGCCGUUUACAGGUUAAAACAAUCGAUUUUGAGGCAGUGGAUGGGAGAUUCAAAACACAUUCUAACCACUUUGGUUUGAUUAAAAUCAUGAACCGAUCAAUGUUAGACCAUCCUCGGAGAAAACACAUGUGAUAGAAAGUUGAAUACUUAAACGUGGACUUGAUUACUAUGUAGCAUUAUAGCUACUAAGUUUUAUCCGACAACCGUCCCAUUUCUUAGCAUUAUAUAGUAAUUGAGUUCAAGUACGUUAAUGUAACUCAUAUUGCAAUAACUAAAUAAAGUAUAUUUGUACCCCGUCAAGAGCAUAGGAUAUCGUUGCAUACACUAAGUAAAAAUGUGACACACUUAGUGAUCAGUGAAAACAGGAAAAUAUCAACAUCGUCAAUUCAACUAAAAAAACUUUUUAAAAUCCAAAAAUUUAAUGAUGUACCUACUCAACUUAUAGCUAAAAUUAUUUAUUCACUACCGUAUAAAUUCAGAAAUAAUUAUUGUUCAAUACUUAUUUCUUACCUGCAUUUCUACGUUUGACAUUUAAAUCCGCGAUACGUUGCCAAGUCCCUGUCUCUGGAGAAAACACUUCGCCUGAAGUUUGUACAGUUGGUCCAUCAUGACCACCAACAGCAUACAGACGGUUGUUUAAUUCACAAACAGAAGGUCCACUUCGUCUAAUAAAUGAAAAUGAUAUUAAAUGAUAAUUGAGAUUUUAAAAAAAUCUGAAAUCGCUAAUACUACUAAUAAAAAUGACAAAGCAAUAAUGAAUGGUCUAUCAUUAGAAACAAAAUAGUUACAUCGCUUUAACUCAUGCUUCGGCCUUAUAUUUAUGUUCCCAUCCAAAUAUGUGGAAAAAAUGAGUAGAUAUUUAACAUACCUAAUAAGAUUUCCUUUAUUAAUCCACCGCAAUACUGAAACCAAUAUAGUGGGUUUAAAUCUAUUUCUUAAAACCAACUUCAAGAGCUACCUGUUUAGUUUCGAAGAAAACGAUGUUGUAAUCAAUCCCUGGAUUUAGUUUUAUGGUCAAGGUGAAAGAAUUAUAAGUUGGAGACAAUCAUCGUAGGGGUUAAAUGAGGAUUCAAUUAUGCAUCGUUAAUCUUCAUCCGAAAAGUGAGACUCAAAAGCAAUUAUAAAAACAUAUAACUAAUAAACUACUGAUGAUUCCAAAUCAAACGUUGAAUACCAAAAACCAAAGGUAGGUCGGGUCAAAGUUUUAUAAAAACUUUUGUCAUCACAGUGAAAUCUCCAUCGUUUCGCUGUCAGUUAAGCAAAUUUUAUAUAUCUAUGUACAAGACUUCUGGAAACCACUUCAUCAAAAACGGAAUAACUCUAUAGUUCAUAAGAUAAGCAGUGUUUAGAUAACACGUUAAGAAAUGAAGUUUUGGCACAAUAAAUUGACAUGAAUGUCAACGAUUCCCCAUAAUCUGAAUAACAUUUGUUUUAAAAGCGCAUCAAACUAAAUUUAGUAAAUGUUAAAGCAAACACAUUUCUGAAAAUCAAAUUAAAAAACACAAAUUAUUUAAGUUGGCAAGAAAACAUAUACAAAAUGCUAAGCGAUUUCAAAUAUUAUAUUUUGAAAAUACGUAGAGAAAUCAUCUAAACCAGAACGUUCUGAUACGCCAGUUAUAAACUCACUAAAAUCAAGGUACUUACUUUCGGUAAACCAACAGGAGUACGCGGUUUUGUACGCUCAGAAGCCAUACGCAAUUUUUGAUCCCAUGGUAGUAAAUGGUAGCUGAGAGCUUCAAUUAAAUAGUCUUUACACCAUGGAUUCACAGUCAGGAAAUUAUCUGAUUGACUUAGGCGUACUAAAUAAUCUCGUGGAAGUAACGCGAAUCGAACGUGUGAACAAAGAUUUUGAGCUUCUUUUUGUCGUUUAGAUGGGUUGUGUGCAAUCCAUCGAAGAACAGCUUCAAAAACUUGAUCUUCAGAAACAGCUAAUCUGUCACUAGAGAUUAAUUCUAUGAGUUGAUCUGAACUCAAUUUUACAAAUUCAUCAUCUUGUUUUAAUAGUUCACUUGAACAGAAAAUAAAUGAAAUGUAUUCUAUUAAGUUGCACAAAAAAUGAGAAAUGUGAUAAGCUAAAAUGAUAAGUGUUUAAUAUACCACAAAUUAGUUUAGUGUUAGAAAAAAGUUUAGCUCAGAAAGCACAUUUUCAUAAACUACUCCUUAUCUUUUACAAUCGAUUAUCAUUUUAUAGCUUUAAAUUUUUUACAACAUCCAGCCAUACAUGCAGGCAAGCAGAGUAUAGUAUUAUUUCAUUUCUCUGAAAUAGCACAAGGUAUGUUGUAGUAGAUCAGUCUUAUCUUUCUAAUCGCACGCGGUGUUACAAACCGAUGGAAACGUUAUUCCUUCACAUCUCAUUACGUCGUUAACUGCCGUACUAGACUAGUACUAUUUAUGUGAUCCAUAUGUAACGACUUCGCAAGGCAGUGAGAUAUUGAGUAGUAUUAAACAUGAAUGAAUCAGUGAUGUAGUGCUUCAUAGUUUAUAAUAGUUUUCUAGUUGAUGCUAAUCUAUGAUGAAAACUACUUCAAAAAAU